CUGUCAAACUAUUAAUGAGGUAUCAAUCACGAUAUUCUGUAAUUGUAUGCAUGCAUACAUUGAUUGGGGUUCGCGCCAUUGUAGUUUUCCGCUCAUGCGACUGCAAAAUGUGCGUCGGAUCUGCGUUCUUGCAAUCAUCUGCUAGAGCUUGUCCUGCUAUGUGCGAAUAUCAGAGCGAAGUACCGAUCGAGAUACAUACCUAUGUCCACCAUCUGGACCAAACGAAGAGAAAGACAGGGGAAUGGAAAGUAACGUGUCUGAGCUCAGAUAGCUGAUAGUAUAGGGGUUCCACAGCACAAUGGCUCUCGCCUUCUCCUGAAGUAGCGUCUGUUUGAACACAAAGGAGAAAUAGGUGACGUGAGCAGGCAAGAAUACUGUAAUUAAUAAUAGGUCAUCACGAGUACGAUGCAGCAACCCCUGACCAGGCCUGAAGAGCGGUAAUUCUGAAUUUGGUGGUCAGAGAGGGCAAUCGUGGUUCUGGAUGCAGCAGUAAAUAUGAAGGUGGUGCACGGGGAAGAUGGGGAUGUAUUCGAGGAUAUUUUGCAGGAACGUUAGAGCAUACCAUGAUAUCUCACGUGGGCCGUCGCAACGACCAACAAGGAAGACCACUUAUGUAUGACUGGUGAUAUAGAUAUGCGGAACGAAUCGACGCAGG